AUGUCGGCGGUCUUGGAAGCGCCAUCGGCCCGUGGCGAUGGCCCCUGCGUGGUGGCCGACGCUUCAGUGGUGCCCAGGGUGGGCGUAGGCGUCCUGGUGCUCAAUGAGCGCGGCCGCAUCCUGCUCGGCAAGAGGACCGGCAGCCACGGUGCCGGUACCUUGGCGCUUCCCGGCGGCCACCUCGAGCUGCACGAGUCGUUCGAAGAUUGCGCCAUCCGCGAGGUCCUCGAAGAGACCGGCAUCCACCUCGAGACCGACGGCGACGGCAGCGAAGCGGACCACGGCCAGCGUUCCAGCGCCGACGAACACGAGCCGGCGGACCUGUGCGAGGCGCUCUCGAUGCUGGCCACCGAGGCAUCGGCCGCGGCGCUCGCUUCCUCCUCGGCGACAGGCCGCUCCACCAACAAGGCCAAGACUCGAGGCGUCCAGUUUGUCACGGCCGUCAACUCGGUGCGCAUGAAGGACGCCGGCGAGGAGGCCCACGCUGGCCUCGGGCGGCACUACGUCACCAUCUUCAUGAAGGCAAAAGGCCGCGUCGAGCCCGGCCGCUCCCAGGUCGAGGCCACCGUCACCGAGCCCGAAAAGUGCCUCGGCUGGACCUGGGUGCCGUGGUCCUACCUCAAGAACGCCGCCGAGCAGCAGCACGCGAUGCAGCAGCUCCACUCCCACGCCCUGCGCCAGGGGCAGCAGCUGCCCGUGUCGCUCGAGAAGCUGCUCGCCGCCGAGAGGCUGGCCCAGUCGAUACGCAGCUCCGACGACGUCCACGACUACGCUGGCAGGUCGGCCGGGGACGCAGCAGAGGGUCGCGCACUGCGCCGGGACGGCACCCUGGCCGGCGUCGGCGCUGCCACCGCCGCGUCGUCGUCCUCGUUUGGCCCCAGCCACGGGCCCCUCGACGCUCACGAAGCCGUCGAAUGGGCCGAGGCAGACGACUUUGCCCAGGGCGCGCCGCUCUUUGCGCCGCUGGUCAACUUCAUCCUCGCCAACCCGUCGAUGGGAUCCCAGCUCUGA